AGGAUGGCUUUUCUUUUUUCUGCCACUCCCCGCUUAUCACGCCCGCUGAUAUACGGAUGAGCUAUCGCGAGAGAAAAAAAACCGAACUGAAGGUGCUCGGUAACACACUGACAAUCUCCGACGAUCCUGUCAAUUCUCGGAUUACUCUUCACCCUUACACAUCACCCCAUACAUUCAUCCACCCAUCAUGGCCUCCAUCGAGGAUGAUCCGGUCAUCGCCUCCUACGACGUUUUCCUCACUGACUCCGAGGUCUCUCGAUACGUCUUUCAAUACCUCGACCGCCCACAAUCCAAGCCAUACAAUGACAGAAAGGGUCAAAAACCGACCGCCAUGCGCAUGAAACCUGGCUCGGGUCUAGUAGAGCUUGAAGUGCCUAUCUUUACGCGAUGCACCUAUGAUGUGGAGAAGGGAAUCCGAUACGGCGACGCCAUGAAGAAGGGCCGCUUUGCGCGUAAUGGUGGAGCUUACGGCAUGGCUGGUGGCUUCAGCACCGGGGGAAUCCCUGGCGGCGGAGGUCGGAUCAAGGCAGAGGGCAAUGAAGACAUUGAAGUGCUGGAUAACAAGAAGACUAUGGACCCAUCUGCGCUGCUUAGGACACAGGCACUCGGUGGGCGUAUCAAACCUGCAGAGGAAGGUGAUCCAGUCUAUAUGCUGGCUACAUUCAAAGGAAAAAAUCUCCAUCUUUCACCCGUCACCGCCGUGGUUCAAUUACAGCCCCAGGUUCAUCAUUUGGACGCGAUGGAUGAAAUGCCCAAGGGGAGAGGUGCGAAGGGCAAGAAGGAAGAUGAAGAACGUCCUGCCGAGCCCGAGGCACGCGCUAUCGACGUGAAGGUCAAGGGCGCAGAAGACGGGGGCGCUAUACUUCACGGCAACUUGGAUCUACUCAAGAAAAUGCAAGAAGAACAGUGGAAGAAUUUCGAAUGGAUCGAUGCAGAGACCGAGGAUUCAUGGUACACUUAUGAGAAUUACAUGAUGAGCCAGAAGCCUGAUGAUCUUCCCCAAUUGAAGGCUACCAUUAACAGCGAGGACUAUUUGGAUGGCAUGAGUGCUCCACGGAUUGAUCCUGCCCGGCCUGAAUUGACUGGAUGGGCCAUGAAACAAAAUCGACAAAAGCAGAUGGAAGGGCCAUCAGAUAGCGAGGAUGAAAGCUGAAUCAGAUCGCAUCAUGAUUGAGCAUAUUGUUAAAAUUGGCGUUCAUAAGACUAGAGGUUCAUUUCUUGGCCUACGGGUUCCUUGUACUAUUGAUAGCGAAUGGGCACACUGCCGAUCAGAGCAGAAUCAUGUUCAACGUCCUCCGUC